AUGGAAAAACGAGGGAUAAUUGAGAAGGUGACGUCGGCUCCCGAUUGGAUAAGCGGCAUGUCCGCUGUUGCCAAGGGCAGCAAUGAUUUCAGACUUGUUGUCAAUAUGCGCGCCCCCAAUCGCGCGAUCAAUAGAGAAUACUACCGACUCCCUCUGCUCGACGAAAUAAGGGUUAAGCUCCACGGUUCUAAGUAUUUUUCAAAGCUCGACCUAAGCAACGCCUUCUACCACCUCGAGCUAGCAGAAGAAUCACGGGAAUUAACCACUUUCCUAAGCGAAGACGGCAUGUAUAGGUUUACGCGACUCAUGUUCGGCGUAAACUGUGCGCCGGAAAUCUUCCAGCGCGAGAUGGUUCGCAUCUUAAAGGAUGUCAGUAAUAGCAUAGUAUAUAUCGACGACAUACUACUCUUCGCCGAAACGUUGGAAGAGCUCCAAGCCACAGUUGCAACGGUUCUACAGAUAUUGCGGCAAAAUAAUUUGACAAUCAAUCAAACGAAGUGUGAAUUCGACCAGACUAGAAUAAGGUUCAUUGGUCAUCAUCUCGACGCUGACGGAUUCCAUAUUGAUGAGGAGAAGAUAAAAAGUGUACGCUGUUUCAGGGAGCCGACCACCCUGUCCGAACUUCGAAGUUUUCUCGGCCUAGCAUCAUUCCUCAGCCCCUAUCUGCAGAAUUUUGCUAACACCGCAAGUCCAUUGUGGGCAGCAACCGCGUCUAAAGCAUGGACAUGGGGACCGGAACAAUCGGAAGCAUUCAUAAUGAUGAAAAAACAAAUUAUCGAUUGCACGAUCUCAUUGGGCUUCUUCUGCGAGAAUGAUAAGACCGUCUUAUACACUGACGCUUCGCCAGUUGCUUUAGGUGCUGUUUUGGUGCAAGAGAGCCCUCGUCAAGCACCGAGAGUAAUAAGCUUUGCAUCCAAGGCCCUCACCCCUACAGAGAGAAGAUAUGCACAGAACCAGAGGGAGGCCCUAGGUGCAGUAUGGGCGGUGGAACAUUUUUCCUACUUCUUGUUAGGUAGGAAUUUCACGCUUCGUACUGACGCCCAGGGAAUAGCUUUCAUCCUGAACCGGUCCAGGGAAGAGUCGAAGAGGGCUCUAACACGAGCGGAUGGGUGGGCAUUAAGGUUAAGCCCUUAUAAUUAUAACGUCGAAUUCAUCCGGGGUGUCGAUAAUAUCGCGGAUACGUCAUCAAGGCUUUAUAACGGAGAAGACGCACCAUUUGACGACGAAGAGAGCCCAUGGGAAUUAGCGCCACUUGAAGCCAACUCCGUAGAGUUUCUGACGGAGACAGACAUAAAGACAGCCACCGACCAAGAUGAAGUUCUACUCCAAGUAAUAACUGCGCUUAAAACAGGGUCGUGGCACAAGGAUCUGCGGAAGUACCAGCUGGUUGAGAACGACCUAGUGGUCAAAAACGGGAUCGUCGUCAAAACCGGAUGUGUUAUUGUGCCAAAAACGCUCCAAACACGCGCACUGGAAGUAGCUCACGAGGGACACCCGACGAUUGCGAAGAUGAAGAGCAUAAUGCGACAACGCGUAUGGUGGCCCGGUAUGGCCGGCGACAUAACCAAAUGGGUGGCUUCAUGCAAAACGUGCUGUGUUAAUGGUAAACCAGAAAGAACAACUCCUAUGCAGCGCGUGUUUGUUCCAAGGGCAGCGUGGGAAUCGAUUGCCCUGGACUUCAACGGUCCUUAUGUCAAAUUCGGUGGAAUUUUGAUCCUCGUUAUUGUAGAUUACAGGUCAAGAUUUAUCAUCGCUCGUUCCGUAAAAUCUACAAGAUUCGAAUGUGUUCAGAAAAUCCUUGACGAUGUUUUUGAGAAAGAAGGAUACCCUAGACACGUGAAGACCGAUAAUGGACCUCCGUUCAAUGGAACAGAUUUCCUGGAAUACUGUAAGAAACGCGGCAUCUCAUGCACAUUUUCGACUCCUCUUUUCCCGCAGCAAAAUGGGCUUGCCGAAAGCUACAUGAAGCUAAUUAACAAAGCUAUGGCCACUGCAUCUGCUGAAAAAACAAACUACAUUGAGGAAAUUAAAAAGGCCGUCAAUUCUCACAAUUCCGCUGCACACAGCAUUACCAAUAUACCACCGGAAGAGGUAAUGUAUGGUCGCAAGAUUAAACGCGGAUUACCACUAAUUCAACAUGGUAAAUCGGACUACAAUGACGAUAUGCUAGAUCAGAGAGACCGCGAACAAAAACUAGCUGGCAAACGCAGAGAGGAUGCCCGCCGGGGCGCCCGCGAAUGUAAAGUAAAGCCGGGUGACGAGGUGGUUGUAGAGCGAUCUAACCGUUCGAAAGGAGAAUCACGUUUCUCUCCUACGAGACACACGGUAAUUGAGGAACGAAAUGGAAGCCUUGUUCUGAAUGAUGGCAAUGGGAAAGUCGUCAAACGUCAUGUCUCCCAGACAAAAAAAGUUUCUCGCUGGAGAAACACUGAUGAGCAGGACAGAAAUACCGCUAGCAGCGAGGCAGGAACUUCGGCAGGAACCACAUCAUCAGGACCUCUAGCACAAUCCCCGGAAAAAACGCCGAGACCAACUCGCGGUGUGCAUACGAGCGUUCGAAAUAAUAUCAGCAAGGAUGUGAAAGCUGCAAAGCGAGAACAAGACACGCUCAUUAAGAGGGAGGUGGUAAGUGAGAAGGUCGAGGUAGGCUCGCAGACUGAAGCCUCCUCUCUCCUAAGCGGUACGAAGGGGACGCAAGAGGUGAUUGAGUUCGCCUCGAGCGUCAACGAGGGCCUGAUUGAGGCGCGCCCGAAACGCGCCAGGCAGCAGCCUAGUAACGCCGAACGUCCCACGCUCCACAAGGCCAAACGGCGGUUGGUCAUUACGGGCAGCGGUACGGUCAAUCUCGAGAAGGAACCUAUUCGUCAUGAGAGGGUACCCAAUUGA